UUAAUCAUGGACGUCGUCGCUUGAGUUAUCGGCGUUUUGUUGAAAAAUACAGCAAAAAUGUGUAAUUAAUUUGUAAAUCGUGUGUUUUUUAACGUUGUCGUAUAACAGAAAAUGGUAACGAUUGUUGACGAUUUAGAUUCUUUAACUUUGCAAGAGCCAAUUUUUAAGGAUGUCAAAUAUUAUGUUUCUGGCGAUGUCUCGGAAAGGAUUAUGCUGUUACUUCAGUCCGGUGGAGCGGAGAGUACAAAAUACUUCUCUGACUAUGUCACGCAUCUAAUUUGUGGUCAAAAUGCUGCGGACACAGAUGUCGACGAAGCCCAGGACAUCUACCAGAUCCCUGCAGUGACCGAGCACUGGGUGCUUGCGUGCGCGCGCCUCAAGAAGUUGGCCGACCCCAAGCCCUACGUUCCACUUAAGAAUAAGAUAUUCACUAACACUGUGUGUUGUAUAUCUAAAGUGAGUGUGGCCGACGCUAAAGCCCUGUUCGCUGUAAUCACAUAUCAUGGUGGCAAAGUAAAGUUGAACUUGGACUCUCAGUGUACUCACCUGAUCUGUGGAUCAGCUGCGGGGAAGAGAUACAGUGCUGCGCUCACACUCCCCUCCUCAAGGAUUAAGAUUGUGACUCCGGACUGGGUGUUGGAGAGCAUCAGGGCUAGAAUACAAGCGGUGACCGACAUAUUUCACCCAAAGCUGUUAAUUGUCCCCCAGCCACCUCCAAAAGCUAUGGACCGUAUAAGUGCAAUCACAGGAUUUGACUUUGAGGAAAGUAUUGCUAAGAACGAAGUGCCUACACAAAACAUGGCUGAGAAUAAGGAUGAUAGUACACAGGCUUUGCUAGACAAACUAAAACAAAGGAUGCCUUGGAACCAUCCUCCUGCCAGUUCAAGUGCCUCAGUUGCUUCAACUACACCCAUCAGUUCUAUGGGAUACACAUCAACAGCUAUGUCGACUCCUGGAAUCAUGAGUAAGUCCAUACCUCAAGGGAUAGUGACCCAGAAUGUUCAGAUACAAGGCAGUCAGGCCAACUCUCCCUUGCUACAGAAGUUUGGGCAACAGAACACUGUGGUAUCCCAGGCUGGUAUGAUACCAAACCAACAGAUGGGCAUGCAACAGCAACAGCAGUCUUACAACCAGGGUCAGCAACAGCCACAUGGGCUUACAGCAAUUCAGAUACAGCAACAAAAGAUGUUGCAACAACAUCAACUGAAAAUGCAGAUGUUACAACACAAUAAGCUUGGUAACCAGCAAAACCAGCAAGGUUUUCAGCCUAAUGUUUCAGUCUCUCAGAUGUCUCAGAACUUGCAGGGUCAAUUACAGCAACAUAUACAGGGUAAUCAGCAUCAUUUGCAGCAGAAUAUUAACCAGCCACCGACUACUAUGAGCUCGGCUCAGCAGCACAUUGAGAAUAUCAGUCAGAUGUUGAGUCAGAGUGCUAACAAUCUCCAGCAACAACAGAAUAUGGCUAUGAAGCAAAGCUUGAGCCUGAGUCAGCAGAGUGCCUCCCAAGCUGUACAGAACAUUGCCCAACAGCUCGCACAGUCCACACAAAACCUUCAAAAUGCAAAGCUAAGCCAAAAUCUGGGACAAGGACAAGUUAUCAACCAGCAAUUAAUAUCAUCGGGACAGCAAAUGGGUCAGCAAAACCAGAAUCUUAUACAGCAACAAAAUGUACAGUCAAUGAAUAACCAGCAGAACAUUAAUAUGGGGGUGCAGGGGCUUGUGACCUCAUCCCAGGGUCAGAGUGGUCAGGGGGUGCAACUGAACCAGCUAGUGAACUCUAACCAGCAAACAGUGCUCAGUCAACAGAUACAGUCCGUCCAACAGACAAUACAGACUCAACAGAAUGCGAACGUGCCAGUCCAAGGAGCUUGGAGACAGCAGAACAUUCAAAUGGUACAAGGCCAGCAUCAAAUUAUCAGAAACCCUCUUGUGCAGUCCAGAGCACCACAAAACCAGGUUAUAUUGCAGCAACAGAUCAUGCAGACACAGCAACAAGCCUUGAUAAACAACCAGCAACCGCAAUUAAGUCCUCAGCAUACAAUACAGCAAGGUCCACAGCAGAUUCUGCAGCAGUCUAUCGGAGGGCAGGGCCAGCAACUGAACCAAACUCAUCACCAGAUUCUAUUCCAAAAACAACAGCUGCUAAGUAGUUCAGGACAGCAGCAGAUAGUUCAAGCUCCUCAACAAGUAUUAAUAAACCAACAUACUGGCCAGCAACAAAUAUUAGUGCAUGGCAACCAACAAGUGACACUGCAAGGAGGUCAGCAAAUUGUGUCUCAGAGCCAAAUAGUUCACCAAGGAGGUCAAAUAGUGAAUCAGGGUGGUCAACAGAUUCUAACGCAAGGGACUCAGCAGGUUUUGACGCAAGGAGGCCAGCAUGUGAUUACCCAGCAAGGACAACAGCAGCAUGUAGUUAUAGCUCAGUCGUCUCAGCAGAUUGUGACGCAAUCCGGUCAGCAAAUAUUGGGUCAGGCUGUUGGUCAGACUCAGCAGGUUCUGACUCAAAUGCCGCAGUCGCCUCAGGCGGGAGGGGGCAGUAUUCAGCAGAUCAUCACGCAUGGAGGGGCUCAGCAGAUAGUGUCUCCGGGAGGCCAGCAGAUUGUGCAAGGUGGUCAGAAUGUGUCAUGGCAACAGCAACAGUAUUUGCAACAGAGGCAGCAAAUUGCUCAACCGGGAACUGUGGGUCCUAGGGUCUCCUGGACAGCGGGCGGCGGCGGUCGGCAACUCAUACACCUGGACGCGCAGACGCACGCACAACUGCAGCAGAUGAAGCCUCAGGAACGAGCAGUGUUCGUGGCUCAGCUGCAGAAGAGAAGACAGCUGUCGUUGCAGCGGCAGGCUGCUAUUGCUCAGCAGCAGCAACCGGGCGUGGUGGCAGGCUCGCCCGGCGCUCCGGCCCCGGCGGGGGCUCAAAGCGUCACCUUCAUCCGCAGCCAGCUGGCACCAGGCCUGGCACAGCAACAACAAGUUCCUGUACAAUGGCUACAACAGCAAGGGGCGAGAGCAGCUACCAUACCGGCCGCUGCGCCCGCGCCGCCUCCACAGUCACCAGGUGUGGCCAGCCCGGCAGCACAACCGGGGCCGGGUGGCACGGUAGAGAACCAGUUGCAGCAGCUGCAGAUGCAGCGGCAGCAGCACUACCAGCGGUUGCAGCAGCUGCAGGCUCAGAGAGACCAUGUGGCUCACCAUGCUGCUGUCAAACAGGUAUCCCCCGGGGUGACACAACACGUGGUAAGUGGAGCCCCUCUCGCCGAGCAGCCGGUAGACGCUGCCCUCCUCACCCCCACCACUCCCGACCAACAACAAGGCAACGCUCUUCUGGUAAACCCGAAGACCAAGACAGCUCUCGCAAACAUGCUGAGCAUUCGCCUGCAAGGUGGCACAGCUUCUGAACAUGAGCCUUCCGCAGCCGGGACCCUGCGCCUCAUGACCGCGGCCCACGCGCGGCCCGCGCCCGCCGCGCCGCGGCUGCUGCUGCAGCACGCUCACGCACAUCCGCACCACAAGGUGUACGCGCCGCCGGCCCGGCCGCCGCCUGCGCGGGCGCAGUUCUACGGGCACAAUCCCAACUUGAAACUACCGCCAGAUCUUUUCCUACUGGGAUGUGUGUUUCAUAUCGUGGAAUAUCAACAGUCGUGGGGGGCGGAACGCGUAUCACGGUGGGGCGAAGCCAUACAGCGACGGGGCGGCGAGGUCGAGCCCGUCUACUGCGCCCGCGUCACGCACGUGCUGUGCGAGACGCAGCGCCACGGCGUCGUCAUGCAGGCAUUACGCGACGCAAAGCGCUGCGUCACGGCCUACUGGCUGUCAGACGCGAUGUUACGCCGCGGCGUGUUACCGCCGUGGCACGCGCUACACUUGCCCAGCAUGUACGCGGCGAGGGACAGGCCUGCCAGGCAUCAUCGAGCCGCUAUAUCGGGGUGGAGGGACGAGGAGAGGGAUCGAGUCACAUUCUGUCUUGAACAUAUUGGUGCUAAGCUAACCCCAUACAUGACACGAGACAACACAGUGCUGAUCUGCAAGCGAGCUGAAGGCAACAAGUACCGGCGAGCUAGGGACUGGGGCAUCCCAGUAGUGACCGCCGCCUGGCUGACCGACCUGCUGCUGGGCAACAUGAGCGCCUUGUCGCAGAUCGAGAACGCGAAGUACCAACAGUUCAACCUCACCAGUCCCUUCAGAAUGGAUUAUAGCUUAGUGUCACAUCUUAUGAACGCGUGGAAAAUGCCAAUAAACAUAACCCAGGAGUCCCACGAGCGCGCGAAGCGUUCCGCCGCCGCCGCCUGCGUCGCGGCCGGCGGGCGCCGCGCCAAGCGCCCGCGCCUGCAGUCGCCGCCGCCCGCGCCCGCGCCGCCCGCCGCGCCGCCGCCGCUGCACCUCGCGCCCCGGGUCGCCUUCUCCGCACUCACGCCGCAUGCACACCAUAAACUCGCUGCUAUUGUUAGGCAACUCGGCGGUCUAGUAGUCUCCUCAGCAGCUGAAGCAACGCACCUCGUGAUGGACAAACUGGUCCGCACAUGCAAACUGAUCAGCUCACUAGUCACCGUCAAGCAUCUCCUCACGCCCGAGUGGAUCCUCGAGAGCCAGCGACUCAACAAGUUCGCCGACGAAGCCAAGCACGGCCUCAGGGACGAAGCCUUCAACAAAAUGUUCAAGUGCGACAUAUCAGAGGUACUCUUAUGCGGAGAAAUGAGGAAAAAACUCUUCGAAGGCGUCACAUUCUUCCUCACGCCCUGCGUCAAACCUUCAAGAGGAGCGCUAACAGAAAUGAUAGAACUCUGCGGAGGAAAAGUCGAAAAGAACCGACGAUCCUACGUCUCCAUACAAGAAAUGCAUAAUCAGAAAAACUAUAGUUACCUAGUUCUAACGGUACCCAAUGAUUUGCAUUUGGUUUAUUACUUGCUGCAGUCAGAAAAGACUUUGAACGUCGUCUGCAGCACUGAAGUGGUGCUAUCCGCCAUUAUGAGGCAAAAGUUGGAAGUCGAGGAGUUCCUCGUCAAGAUAGACUAGAACAUUCUUCCUUGAGACUUGUCGUUAAAUUUUAUUGUUAGGUAUACGAAUUAUGUCUAUUUACAGAUUUACGUGCAUGAACUUAUCAUAGAGUAUUUGACAAUAUUAAAAGUAUUUAUAUUAUACAGUGCGAGGUUCCAUAAGAAUAACUAUAAAAUGUUCCUGUUUUCAUGAUGUUUUUAUGUUAAAAAAAAAUUGUUUUGACUUUUGUCUGUAUCAACUGUAAUAUGAAGCUAUGAAUUAGUUACGAUUGGAAUCGAUUUCUGACUUUAUUUUCCUUUAUUUUGGAAUCUCUUAUUUCGUAUAAUAUUCAUUCUCUUGUUAAAAGUUUGCAUUUUAAGUUCAAUAUCUAUAUUUUGUUAAAUUUUUGAAAGAGCAAUUCACGUUGCGUUUAUUAACUUGUAAGGAGAAGUUUUUGAAAUAUUUUUCUGAUUUUGUGUAAAUAGACAUUUCAAAGGUCUGGACCAUGUAUAAAUUAAAAAAGAAAACUUAAGAGUAUAUUAAAGUAUGUUUUCGAUUAUGAAA